AUGGCAUCGUCUAAGAAGAGAUUGAUCACUGCGGCAGAGGUUGAAAGCCAUGGGAGACUAGACGACCUCUGGAUAGUAGUCGAAGAGAAAGUGUACGAUAUGACCAGAUUCGGCCCAGAGCACCCUGGAGGACAGGCCAUCAUUCAGCUUUACGCUGGCCGGGAUGCCACUGAGGCAUACAAGGAAAUCCACGAGCCCAGUCUUAUUAUGACCAAUCUACGGCCAGAGGAGAAAAUCGGUGACCUUGACCCAAGAACAAGCUUCAGGGACCCACCGCCGAGAAAGGGUGAAAAGAUAGAAAGGAAUUCAGCAGAAAAGCCACCUCUCCAAACGCUCAUCAACUUGUUCGACUUCGAAGAAGCAGCAAGGCACUCCCUUUCGCAUAAGAACUUUGCUUUCAUAUCAGGAGCCUCCAACGACAACAUAACGAGGGAUGCCAACCGCAAUCUUUUCGAUAAGAUCUGGUUCCGGCCUCGGGUUAUGAGAAAUGUGGCAAAGGUGUCGACAAAAAGCAGGUUGAUGGGCCAUGAUGUGGCCCUUCCACUAUGGAUUUCCCCGGCUGGUAUCGGAAAGGCCGGUGGACCCGAAGGUGAGCUCGCUCUGAGCAGGGGAGCAGCAGCCAGUGGCAUCAUUCAAACGAUAUCGACUACAGCCUCGUACCCACUCCUCGAGAUUCUUGACGCUGCGCCACCAGAGCAACCCUUCUUUUUUCAGCUCUAUAUUAACAAAGACCGCUGCAAGACUGAGGAGCUUAUAAGCAUUAUCAACAAUUGUACGCAGAUAAAAGCCUUGUGGGUCACGGUGGACCUCCCCGUCGUUUCGAAACGCGAAGCUGAUGAGCGCCUUAAACUCGAAGCCAUAUACUCCAGUGGCAUCACCGACACCAGGAGCUCAUUCAGCGACGGCAAAGGUACCGGCCUUGCCCGUACUGCUGGAUCGUAUAUCGACCCAUCUUUCUGCUGGGAGGACCUGCAGUGGCUGCGAAAACUGACCAAACUUCCUAUUGUGCUCAAAGGGAUCCAAUCUGCCAUGGAUGCAAGGAUCGCAAUGCGCAUGGGUUGCCAAGGUAUUGUGGUCAGCAACCACGGGGGCAGAGCAUUGGAUACUGCGCCCGCUUCGAUUCUCAUCCUUCUCGAAUUGCACAGAGAAUGCCCUGAAGUCUUUGACCACAUGGAAGUAUUUUUGGAUGGAGGAAUACGGCGGGGCUCCGACGUUCUGAAAGCGAUCUGCUUGGGUGCAAGCGGUGUAGGCUUAGGUCGACCAUUCAUGUAUGCCAUCAACUACGGGAAAGAGGGUGUGGAGCACCUAGUUAAUGUCCUCAAAGAUGAGGUAGAGACAGCUAUGCGUCUCGUGGGGCUGAGGUCCCUGGCCAAUGCGGACGCUUCGAUGGUCAACACGGCAGAGCUCGAUGCUCUUGUUCCUCGCGGCUCUCGGCAUCCGUAUGCUCGCAAUCGACCCCGGAAACCAAAUAACUUCCAUUUAUGA